AUGAUGGGGUCAACGUUGGGGACGGUGAUGUUCCUGUGGAUGGUGAUCCGGCAGUUCUUCCCCUACUUCUCAGACCUCCAUCUGCGCAGGUGGGUGGAGAAGAUGGUCGGCUACGUCUACCCCUACGUGCAAAUUUCCUUCCCUGAGUUCGUGGGCGAACGUCUCAAGCGCAGCGAAGCCUUCACCGCCAUCGAAAUCUACCUCUCCGCCAACUGCGGCGGUGCAGCCAGGCGCCUCCGUGCGGAGCUCGGCAAGGACAGCUCCCAGCUGGUCCUCAGCAUGGACGAGCACCAAGAAGUAGUCGACGUCUUCGAGGGCGUCUCCUUCUGGUGGAGCUCCUCCGUCUCCAUCGUCAAGUCCCCGCAAUUUUCCUUUUACCCAACGCCGGAGGGGAAGCGCUCCUACCAGGUGACCUUCCACCGCCGACACCGCGAUCUGGUCAACGGCCGUUACCUCGCCGCCAUCAUGGCGCAGGGGAGGGAGAUCUUGGCCCAGCGUCGCCAGCGGAAGCUCUUCACCAACAGCCCCUCUAGAGACUCCGACUACCGCCAACUGCUGUGGAGCCACGUCCCGUUCGAGCACCCGGCAACCUUCGACACCAUCGCCAUGGAUCCCCAGAAGAAGAAUGAGCUCAUUCAGGACCUGCUCAACUUCCGCGACAGCAAGGACUAUUACAGGAAGGUGGGCAAGGCAUGGAAGAGAGGGUACCUUCUCUACGGGCCCCCCGGGACCGGAAAGUCCACCAUGAUCGCCGCCAUGGCAAACCUCUUGGAGUACGACGUGUACGACCUGGAGCUCACCGCCGUGAAGGACAACUCCUCCCUCCGCAGGCUUCUGAUCGAGACCAGCAGCAAAUCCAUCAUCGUCAUCGAGGACAUCGACUGCUCUCUGGACCUCACUGGCAGCCGGCGGAAGAAGGCCGCCGCCGCCGCCGCUGGGGAGGAGACGGAGGAGAAGAAGGUGAAGGAGGCGAUGAGGGAGAGGGACAACGAGGACAGUAAAGUGACGCUUUCGGGGCUGCUCAACUUCAUCGACGGGCUGUGGUCUUCCUGCGGGGGGGAGAGGCUCAUCGUCUUCACCACCAACUAUGCGGAGAAACUCGAUCCUGCGCUGGUGCGGAGGGGCCGGAUGGACAUGCACAUAGAGCUCUCCUACUGCCGGUUCGAGGCCUUCAAGAUGCUCGCGAGGAACUACCUGGGUUUGGAGGACCACCGGAGAUUCUCCGACGUGCGGCGGAUCAUUGAGGAGGUGGAUAUCACGCCGGCCGACAUAGCGGAGCUCCUCAUGCCGCGGAGUCGCUAUGGUGGCGCCGCCGAAGCCGAUGCGUGCAUGGACGCGCUCGUCAGGGCCCUCGAGGACUCCAAGGCCAAGGCCGCCGCCGCGAGGGCGGCAGAGGCCGCUGAGGCGGCGGCGGGGGUGGUCUCGCUGGAGCCGGAGAAGACGACGGAAAGGGGCAAGGCUGCUGGGAAGGUUGGACCGGAGCCGGAGAAGACGGCGGAGGUGGCCGCUGAGGCGGCGUCGGAGGUUUAG